AUAAAAAUCCCUCAAACAUCCGCCUUGAGCCGCACGUUGUAAACAAAGCAACACUUCUGCCUCUGCCUCAAGUUUUUUGUGGAGUUUUUUUGUUUUGGGAAGUUCCCAUCUCCGGAGUGUUGAUCUCAGGAAAUUUGCGCACAAAAUCCAGAGGCUCUGCAGCUCUUUGAAAUGGAUGACAUCCAAGUCGUUGAGUCCAAACCCCUGCUGGUUGACAGGGAACUGCCGGGCUUGAGAGAGGCUGUGCUGCAGCUUGUCAUCAAGGAGACCGAUGUGGAGACUCCUUUUGGAAGGAUCCACUGUACAAUGAAGGGGGUCCCAAAGGGGGACCGACCAGUCAUCUUGACCUUCCAUGACAUCGGACUGAACCACAAAACCUGCUGGGACACGCUCUUCAACCAUGAGGACAUGUCUGAGAUCAUGCAGCACUUUGCCGUGUGCCACGUUGACGCCCCCGGGCAGCAUGAGGGAGCAAACACCUUUUCCACUGGAUACGAGUACCCUUCUAUGGACCAACUGCCUGAGACGCUCCCGCUGGUGUUGAAGCACUUUGGGCUGAAGAGUGUUCUAGGAAUAGGCAUCGGCGCCGGGUCCUACAUUCUGACCAGGUUCGCUCUUGACUUCCCGGACAUGGUAGAGGGACUGAUGCUCAUAAACAUCAACCCAUGUGCUGAGGGAUGGAUGGACUGGGCUGCACACAAGAUCAGUGGCUGGACCCAUGCCAUGCCUGACAUGAUCAUCACCCACCUCUUUGGAAAGGAGGAGAUCAACCACAACCAUGACCUGAUCGGAACAUACCGUCACCACAUCACAAAUGAUAUGAACCAGUUUAACCUGCAUCUGUUCAUCAAGUCCUACGAGAGUCGGAGGGAUCUGGAAAUCGAGAGGCCGAUCCCUGGAGGCAUCUUCAGAACCCUCAAGUGCCCUUCGCUGCUGGUGGUUGGCGACACCUCUCCUGCUGUGGAGGCCGUGGUUGAGUGCAACACCAAGCUGGACCCAACAAAGACUACCCUGCUAAAGAUGGCGGACUGUGGAGGCAUGCCUCAGGUUGACCAGCCAGCCAAACUGACAGAAGCGUUCAAGUACUUCAUUCAGGGCAUGGGAUACAUGCCCUCUGCCAGCAUGACCCGCCUGGUCCGCUCCCGCACGGCCUCCGGCUCCAGCGUCGCCUCCUUCGAGGGGAACCGCUCCCGCUCUCACACACACGAGGGGAACCGCUCUCGCUCUCACACCAACGAGGGCAACCGCAGCCGCAGCCAGACGACGGAGAACCAGCGCGGCCGCUCGCACACGGGCGGCUCCAUGGACGGCACGGCCAACAGCGGCGUGGACCAAGCCGUGCCCAAGUCGACCGAGGUGUCCUGUUAAGUGAACCGCUCGGGGUUCCUUUCGGAUUUCGCUGCGCUGCCUCUAGUUCGACACACACACACACACUUACGGCCCUCUGCGCGCACACACACACAGCGAUGUGGAAAGGUGCAGUAAGAUGGCAUUCCCAGUAAUUUAGAAAAGUAGGCUAUUCAGUGCAGGUGAGAUGCGCCGAUUUUAAGAUGGAAUUGCUUUUGAGUGGGAGGUCGGGGGUUAACUGUGUGCUCGUUUUGCUCCUUGGUUGUGUGUGUGUAGUUAGGAGCACGGCAGCAUCUUGGGCCACCAGAGUAGAGAAUGUUGGAGAAAGUUGUGGCAAAGAGUACACCAGCUUGUACAUGUAUCUCAUGCUUAUUAAAAAUGUUAAAAUUUCCAUUUCUGCAUUCCCGCAUCCCAUUUUUACCAAAUUGACACAGCUGUCUCUAAUAUAGCUGACUGUAAAUGACUUGUGUUCUCACUGUAAUUGUUUAAUCAUUUGUUUUUUAUUUUACAUGUUUGAAAUGUUGUCGUUUGCACGUGGGAGCAGAAUUAUAGAAUAUGGAGGCACUUGAUUGAUUAAAAGAUUUUCUCACAAACUGUAAUGGACCUUUGAAAAUCAAAGGACACACAUCACAUAUUUCAUUUUUAUACUACAAAUAAUUGUGUUCCACAAUGCAAAUAUAUCAUUUUCACAAACAUUUUUUUUGUUACACAAUGAUACGACUAUUCAUACUCUUAAAAAGAAUAACAUGAUUCUUUUUAGUACAUUCCAAUAAGGCUGUUUGCUUUGUCAUGAAUAUAAAAAAAACAAUUCCAACGCUUUUUACAUUGUAUGCUUUAUUAAUGAAUCAUGUUUUGAGAUAUAAAUGUUUUUUUUCCCUUUAUGACAAUUCAAUGCAACUAAGCACAAUGGAACAAAGGUGUGCCAUAGAAAUGUUAUAUUUUUAUUUUAUUUUUAGAUGGGAUGCUCCUACUUGCUUGUGGAUUUUUGGGUGAGUGACAUGAUGGUUCCACAUUAACAUGAGUAAAACCAUAGAACUUACCCGACACCGGCUCCCGUAUUUAGCCAUAUUUACCUUUGGAGAACACACAUACACAGCUUUGUAAAAGUGGGACGUACAACCGUCUAAUGCUCUAGAAAAGCAUUGAAGUGACAUAACAGUUUGUAUUUAUUUAAAAAAAAGCACAAUAAAAAACAAAACAUGUAACUGAA